CAUGAGAGUUGUAUUGCAAAAAUCUUUAAUUACAAUCCUUCUUAAAAAGGAAUGGUUGUAAAAAAGAAUGUAUUGCAAUCUGAAUAAACAUAAUGUAAUUAGGUAUUUAUAGGUGAGUUAUUUUUUGAUUACUAAAACCCUUGAGUCAAUGAAAUUACAAGAAUCGAUAGUUAUAAAAUAAUAAGGAAUUAAUGAACAAACAAAAAAGAAGAAUGAUAGCAAUAAUAGAAUGAUAUUCAAAUUAGAAUUAGACCAGAAAACCACUUUACAAACACAAAGAAAGAGUUAAGAUACUUUGAAUGUUGAAAAAAAGAGUAAUAACUUUGCCAUUAUUUAAAAUAUGUUUGAUUUGGAAACUAAAAAUUUAGAAAUGUAUAUGCAAACUUAAGAAAAGAAAACAUAAAUAUAGUAAUUAUAAUCUGAAUUAGAAUAAUAAAAUAUUAAAUAGGAAUAAUAAAUAAGGCAAUAAAAUUAAGAGAGAGAUGAAUUACUUUAAAAGUAAUAAUUAAAAUGAUUCUUAUAGAAUUCAAUAAUUGGAAUAUUAAUGUGAAUAAUAGAAGAUAUAUAUUGAAUAAAUACCUAUAAUGUAAACAGAGGCAUAAGAAUGGAAAGAUCGAUUUCUAAAUUUGAAUAAAUUAUUUCAUUAAUCUUAAGAAGUACUAUUUAGAAUUGAGGCUGAAUAAUAAAGUAGUUAAAGAAGAACUUUGAAUUAUAAAAUCUGA